UGUUUAUGUGUGUCGUUUCAGAGAAGGCCGUAGCUGAGAGAAACGAAGGCGACAGGCGAAAUCUGGUUCCAUCUUGGUGUGAAAGAUAGCAGCUACCGGCCGUUACUCUCAGUCGUAUAUUUUAGGGUUUUUGGAAGAUGGCAAGCCAAGAUGGGAAGUUGCCAACGUCGGAUAGAGUACUCAAAACAGUUCCAAUGCCGCCGAUUGAACUCCUUGCGGUCAGCGAUGUUUUCGAUUCGAAUGGAAAACCCAAAGCCGAUGUGUUAAAGAGUCAUUUCUUAAAAGAGGGUAGAGUUGAAGAAGAGGUAGCUCUCAAAAUCAUACAGGAUACCACGGAAAUUUUACAAAGAGAACCUACGAUGCUGGAUGUCGAAGCACCAAUAACAGUUUGUGGUGAUAUUCACGGUCAGUUCUAUGAUUUAAUCAAAUUAUUCGAAGUCGGAGGAUCACCAAGUACGACAAGGUACUUAUUUCUUGGAGAUUAUGUGGACAGAGGAUAUUUUUCAAUCGAGUGUGUUUUAUACCUGUGGGCGUUAAAACUCCUUUACCCCAAUACUCUCUUCAUGCUCCGUGGAAAUCACGAAUGUCGUCACUUAACAGAAUACUUCACCUUCAAGACAGAGUGCAAGAUCAAAUACACAGAAGAAGUGUAUAAUGCUUGCAUGCAGUCAUUUGAUUGUCUCCCUUUGGCUGCUCUGAUGAACAGACAGUUUCUCUGUGUGCAUGGUGGAUUGUCCCCAGAGAUCUACACCCUAGAUGACAUAAGAAAGAUUGAUCGAUUCACUGAGCCCCCAGCCUUUGGUCCAAUGUGUGACCUUCUUUGGUCAGAUCCUUUGGAGGAUUAUGGCAAUGAGAAAAACAGCGAGCAUUUCAGUCAUAACACCGUCAGAGGGUGUUCAUAUUUCUACAGUUACCAAGCAACUUGUGAUUUCCUCCAAAAGAACAAUUUGCUUUCGAUAAUCAGAGCACAUGAAGCACAGGAUGCUGGGUAUCGAAUGUACAGGAAAAGUCAAGAAACUGGGUUUCCAUCUCUCAUCACCAUUUUUUCAGCUCCUAAUUACCUGGAUGUCUACAAUAACAAAGCUGCUGUUCUGAAAUACGAAAACAAUGUGAUGAAUAUUCGACAGUUCAACUGUUCUCCGCAUCCGUACUGGCUUCCAAAUUUUAUGGAUGUUUUUACGUGGUCUUUGCCAUUUGUUGGUGAGAAAGUCACUGAAAUGCUAGUGAAUAUCCUCAAUAUUUGCACUGAUGAAGAACUUGAAGGGGAGGAAGAUGAAGAACAAAGUGAAGCAAUCAAGAGAAAAGAAGUUAUUCGCAGCAAAAUACGAGCCAUUGGUAAAAUGGCAAGAGUCUUCACUGUGCUCAGGGAGGAGAGUGAGAGUGUGGUACAACUGAAAGGCCUUACUCCUUCGGGACACUUGCCUGUUGGACUUCUGUCUGGUGGCAAACAAGGGCUAGAGAGUGCUUUACAAGGGCAAGUUUUCAGCCCCAAUCACAAAAUCAGUGGCUUUGCCGAAGCAAAGGGACUUGACCAGGUGAACGAAAGAAUGCCACCACGGAAGGACUUACCAGUACAACCAGGGACAAAGUGAUCCUACAGACAGACAAAGCGUUCCCGAACCUUAGUGACUCAUCAUCAACCAUUAGUAUUGUAGUAUAAUAUUAUUAUUAUUACCUUUGUGAAUAUCUGUAUAAAAUAGUAAAAUCUGCUUUACUAAAAGCUCACUACUAAACAACUGAUGGAUGUAAUAUUUAAAUAAAAUUUGUGUUGUAAUAAUGACUAGGUCAGCACUUCCCUUUCUUGGCUGGCACUCUCUGAUAGGUUGUCCAGCUUAAAACUGACAGAGGUAUGGAGCUCUGUUCAGUGAUAUUCCUGUCUUUGCGAAUGGUCCAGUCUCUAGCGUGUGAUCAUCACUGCUCCAAUCAUUUAUAGAAAUCCUUAGGUCUUAAUUUGCUGGUAGAUAAUUAUACAGUGUAUAGAUUAUAAUCUAUUGUAGGUAGGAUGUAGAGAUGAUCUUUUUGUUCAAUUUUGUUUUUCAUUUUAUUUGAAGGUGGCUGUAUUUUUGCUUUCUAAGCCAAGAGACUGUAAUACUGGUUCUCCUCCCAGAGUUCUGUACAAAAACUGUAACUGUUUCAUGCUGUAAGAAUUUGGUGGUAAAUCGUAUAACAUCCCCUUGUUGGUUAUAAAAUAAGUAUGUCAUUUUAGUGCUCUAGGAUGUAAAAUUUAUUGAGAAAUUGUGGGUUUUGAUUGAAUUUGUUUUUGUAUUUAUAAGCUUGAAAUUUGUCAUCUGGAAAGGGGAGCUUUCUUAUUACUAGUUUUUUAAUCUUUACAAGGCAAUAUCCUCAUGGCAGUUAGAUGGAAAAGAAAUGUUGCAUUUGGAGUUACACACAAUAUAGUGGUGAGAAUUAAUCAAAGGUUGAUAAAUGCCUGAGUGAUCUUGUACAGUGUCUCCUCCCCCCCCCUCAUCUAUCAGGGGUGAAUUUUAAUGUUGAUCUCAUAAGCCAGGUACCUCCAUUGACCCUUUAACUUCCAACGUAUGAUUGUUAUUUCUCCCCUUGAGCUGCUACAAAUUUCCUUGUAAUUAGUUAGGAGAAUUUGGAGUCAGACCAAGAUAACAACCUCUACAUGAUAAGUUUGAGUAUUCUUGUAGAUUAUUUGCCAGAUGUGUGGAUGUUUUGGGGAGAAGCUGCAUGUUGAUCUCAUCUGAGAGUUAAGGGGUCAAGUGAAUUUUUGAGACUCUUAUUUAUGGAAAAUGCUCCAACAGUUUCCUACUUUCAGUUUCUUUGAUCACAUCCAUUUAAUUGUCAGACUUGUAUAGAAAUGAAAUGACACUUUGUUUCCAGAUACAGUCAUUAGUGUGUGAUUUUGUGGCUAAAACUAAAUCGCAAUCAUGUUACGCAAAGAAAUUAAGCUUAUAAAACAGUAUGGCAACGGCUGCCCACAAUUUAGCAAAUACAAUAUUCCACGUCAAGUCUUACUGUGUAUUGUUUUUAAUCGUGGAAUAGUAAAUCUGAUUUGUGAAUGUAAUGCCUGAAGGGAGACUAUCUUUGCUUAUAUAUAAAUCUGAAUAGUUGUAAUGGAAUUAUGUAAUGUAGGUGUAGACAUUUUAUUUAUGAUUUUAAAGCGAAGUAAAGCUAGAAGUAACUGGUUUGAAUUAAAUAUGCCUAUGACGAAGAAUAUAUUGUAAUUACAGCAA